CCUCGGCUGCAUGAUGAGGAAGGGUUAGCUCUGCUGUUAAACGAUCUUUCUUUGGUAAAAAGUGUCUUUUCUUCACUCCAAGACCCCCAGCAUGCUAAAGCCAUGGACCUCAAGAAGCAUGAAUGCGAGGGAGCUUUGUGACAGUGAUGAUCUGGCCACAGCUUUGGUGCUGGACCCUCUGCUGGAUUUCAGCACCAAUAAAAUGAACGCCAUCGCAUCACCAGAAAUCCAGGGUUGGGAUUCUCUCAAAGAGACUCUCCUGAAGUUUCAGUCUACACACAAUCACAAUGGCACAUUUGAUACACUGAUGGCAGUUGACAAACCAGCUGGUGACUAUUUUAGGUCCUUGGGAAGCCAUCAGCAGGAACUGCUGAGGCAACAUGUCUGGUACUACCUCAGUGCCAUUCUGUUGGACAGCGGUGUAAAGAUAGAGCCCUGCAACAGAUACUCUUCUGAAACCAACAGUGCAAAGGUAAUCUCAACAAGGCACUGGUUUCCAGGACAGUGUGUCGACGUCCUGAUAGGCCGUGUAGCAACGUUAAGUCCUGCUGACAGUGGCGUGCUAAAGGUUGGGGUCAACGACUUCAGCGUCAUGUACUCCUCACACAAACAGUGCGAUCAGCUCAUGCUCGGACCUGCACGAUUUGUCAACCACGACUGCGAUCCAAACGCCAAGUACAUCGCUGGCAAAUCCUUUGCUCGUGUUGAAGUGAUAAGGCCUAUCUCACCUGGCGAGGAGAUCACAUGUUACUAUGGUCCCACCUUUUUCGGGGAGGGGAAUAAAAUGUGUGAAUGCUACACCUGUGAGAGGAAUGGAGGGGGUCACUUUAAGCACAGAGAAAGGCAGCUUCCCUCUGAAACAACAAAGGAGACUGUGAGCCAAAAGUAUCACAUGAGAACUCGGCAAAAUAGGUCGUCAGUGCAAAAGGAUGAAGAUCCAGUCAAGGAGGCCAAGAGAGCCAAGAGGACAGCAAUAGACAAAGAGCUGCAGGAAAUGCCGACGUCCAACCCCGAUGCACCCAUGUUGUCAGAGCUGAGUAUGAGUGAUAUCGCUGAAUAUGUAUAUGUCUCGGAAGAUAGGAGAAGAAACAAGGCGGUGAAUAGAAGGAGCAAGCCCAGAUCUGGACCAGGUCAGACAGCGGAAGGGGGAAGAACAGUAGCCAGAACCCAGGAUAGGCGGGGAAGAAGGAUAGAUAUCCUUAAAUCUAAAGGUAUUAUGUUUUCCCAGUCGCCCCAAAUGGGGGAUAAAUUGUGUGGAAUUUGCUUUAGGAACUAUGUCAACCUAAAGCAACACCUCCUCGUGUCCCACAACAUUCCAAACAUGACUGAGUUUCACUUCUCUUAA